GAGUCGGACCCUCGGUCCCUCCAGCUCAGUAUUGUCUACACAGACUGGCAGCAGCGGCUUCUCCAAGGUUGCAGGCAGCAGGAGUCUCUCUCAGCCCUAUCUUCCUUCUCUUUCCCUUCUUUCUUCCUCUCUUCUCUCCUCCUUUCUCCCCCCCCCUUCCAUUUUCCUCUUUCCUUCCCCCUCUUCAUCUUCCUUCCUGUGCCUCUUCUCCAUCACUUUCCUCCUGCCCUCCCUCCUCGCCUCCUCUCCCCUUCUUCUCUUCCCCUCCCUCCCUUUGUCUCCCUUCUUCUUCUUCUUCCUCCUCCUCCUCCUCUCGGGGCUUUUCCAACGGGGGGGGGGCAAGCUGAGCAGCCGCUGGAGGCGGAGACAGGCGGGCGGGCGCUUUCUCGGCCGCCGCAGCCGCAUCGUGACGCUGGGCGGGGAAGAAAGGAAGGCGCGGGGGGGAAGCCGGCGGCGGCGGCCGGGAUGGAGCAACCCCGCCGAGGAUGAAGAAGGGCGCUGGCGGCGGAGGCAUGGCCGCUGCAGCCCUAGAUGCGGAGUCUCUCGGGGGAGAUGAGUGCCUGGAAGAAGACGAGGAGGAGUUGGAGACGGGCCUGGAAGAUCCGGAGAGCGUGGGGAAGUUGACGCCGGGUGGGCGCGGCUGUUGCAUCCUGACCCGCCGCGGGAUCACCCUGCGUGUGCUACUCAAGGACGGGCUGAUCGAGCCGGGAGAAGGGGUGCUCUCCAUUUACUACCUGGGCAAGAAAUUCUUGGGCGAUCUGCUGACGGACGGGAAGAUCGUGUGGCAGGAGACGGGUCAGGUCUUCAACUCACCCAGCGCCUGGGCAACGUACUGCAAGAAACUCGUCAACCCAGCCAAGAAAUCGGGCUGUGGCUGGGCCUCGGUCAAGUACAAGGGCCAGAAACUCGACCAGUAUAAGGCCAUCUGGCUGAAGAAAUACCAGCCCCAUGCCUCCGUUGCCGAGGAGAGUUUGGUGAGUGAAGGGGAAGAGGAGGAAUUUGCUGAGGAGGAGGAGGAGGAAGCCAAGGGGGUAAAAUCUAUGCCCCCAGAUUCUGUGCUGGCCAAGAAACUGGAGGAGAGGACCAGAAAACAGCAAUGCAAAAAUCUGCCAGAAUUGCACAGCACAGAUAAUGUCAAGAGGCUGGACAACAGAAACCGUGUCCCAGUCCGCUACUGCAACUUGGGAAGUCGUGAUUCUGCCAGGAAUCCCCACACUCUGGUGGAAGUGACCUCUUUUGCAGCCCUGAACAAGUUCCAGCCUUUCAAUGUUGCCAUUUCCAGCAACGUUCUUCUGCUCCUGGAUUUCCAUAGCCACUUAACGAAAAGCGAAGUGGUUGGUUACCUGGGAGGGCGCUGGGACAUCAACAGCCAAUUAUUGACGGUGCUGAGGGCGUUCCCUUGCCGGUCCCGUCUUGGAGACAUUGAAUUGGCUGCUGUUGUGGAGGAGGAGAUCUGCCAGAACCUCUUCAUGCGUGGGCUGUCCCUGGUGGGCUGGUACCACAGCCAUCCCUUCAGCCACCCCCUCCCGUCCCUGCAAGACAUCGACACUCAGAUGGAUUACCAGCUCAAACUCCAGGGGACCAACAACAGCUUCCAGCCCUGCCUGGCUCUCAUCUGCAGUCCUUACUUCCAUGGUAACCCAGGUGUGGAGUCUAAGAUUUCACCCUUCUGGGUCUUGCCCCCUCCAGAGCAAAGGCCUUACGAUUACGGCAUCCCUAUGGAAGUGGAAGUCACUUAUGUCCAAGAUGGAUUUUUAACCAACGACGUCCUCCACGAGAUGAUGCUGCUGGUGGAGUUUUACAAAGGAGCCCCCGAUUUGGUGAAGUUUCAGGAAACGUGGAGUCAGGAACAGACGUACUUGGACAAGCUUAAGGGCUCCCUAGCCUCCCGGACACCUAAGGACCAAGGCUUCGGACAUAUCUUGGAACAAGUUUACACGCUUCUUAAGCACAAAAGCUGAAGAGGAGAAACCGGAUUCUGAACUCUGCUGGUGCGGUUGGUGCUAAGGCUUGGGGCAAAAGAUGCUCCCACCUAUGAGCUGAAGGUGCAGCACCUCCCUUGAUUUUGGAGGGGUGGGACAUGGGUACUCUUCGUAGCCUUUAAAAGAAAAUAAUGAUAAUUCCAAGAUUUUCAGAGUAGGGGCUACCCAAGAGUGCCUUGGCAGUAGCGUAUUGCCCAUCCUGGACUUCCUUGAAGGGCCAGAAGAGAGGAAUUUUAGAUGCCUUUUGCCUUUGAGUUCAGAUCUUCACCUUGGAAUGAACCGGGGUGGAUGGCAUUCCAUUUGAUACAGCCGGUUUGUAGUAUCCUUUGGGGUCAUAUUUACCCCCAAAAAACACUUUGUAGAGAUACUGAGCAAAGAAAGAACACUGUCCAUUACAAAGCUAGAAAAGACCUUGUGUGUUGAGCCUCUGUGCCCUUUCCCCCCAAGAAAUCGAGAGAUUCUGGUUUGUCUCUAGACAAAGAACGGAUUACAUUGUCACAACAGCAUUUUGUGAGCUCCCUUUGACCCCAAACACCUUCAGUGCAUCCUGGGGUUGGCAACACUCUACCAUCUGUAUUAGUAAAAACUGCAAUUUUGGACAAGAGGGAGCUGAAUGAAAUGCCACAGGGCACUUAAAUCUGAUUCCGGUUGAGCCCAGCCUGGAAGAUGGAGUUGCAGAACACUGAAAAGAAGCUCUUACCAUUGUUUUCCUUCUCCAGUGGGGCUCGAUCGACCCCGGUUCCUUCCAAGGGUUAAGGAGGCCAAUGCUGCCAUUUACAGGCGAGUAACAGAGUGCAAGAGCGGAAGUGAUUUGGCCAAAGGGGCUCACUCUGGAUUUGCACCCAAGCCCUGCAGGCUCAAGGUAGAAGCGCUGCAACACUGUUCAGUUCUUCCUCUGCUUUUCCAAGAUGAGUCGAGACCCUUCACCUUGCAGGCCUGCCUUUAAACCAGGAUGCUGUUGGCCAAUAAAGGAUGGAGGAUCAUUCACCUGUAAACAUGGGGGCAAGAGCUGCAUAUUGAUGGGGAAGCACCACUCUCUUCUGAAGAUGUUAUUUGUAGAAAAGCGGUAGAUUUGAGCUAAGAGGAGGACAGUUUUCAGUAGAUUUGCGGUAGAAAUAUGUAGACUUAAGCGGCAAGGACGGCAGUUUAACAACACAGGAGCUGGAUAGCCACCUGUGAGGGAUGCUCAAGCAGUUUCCUGCACUGAACAGAGGCCUGGACUCGAAGAUCUUCAGCAGAGAUGUGGGUUUUCUGGAAACCUUUGAAUGGGAAAACUCUCUGGGACGUUUUCUGGGGAAAUCCCCAUGCAAAUUCCCUUUUUCACAUAAAAGCUGCAUUAAUUUAUUCUCUCAAAAAAACCCGACUGUAUACAUUUUUCUGCUGUUCUACCUAUUCGUGCAGUUUGAAAAACAACCACCCUCCAUCAUAUACAUUUAAUUUCAGAAAUGGAGUUUUCAAUUCUGAGAUUCUGCAGCCCUUGCGAAAUAGGAGUGGAGGAAUUUUUAAAAAACAUGCAAAGAAAGGGGUGGGGGAAAGAAUGGAGACUAGGUUUUAACACACCCAUUUUCCUAGAUUUUUUUUAAAAAGAUCUUUGAAUAUCUGUAUCUCCCCCAAUAACCCAGCUGUCAAACUGGAGCAGCCCAGAGGAGGCUGUCUACUGGAUCUCUCUAUGGUUAACUGUUCUGAUCUUGUCUCAAGGAGCCACCUCAGUGGGGGCUGCACUUUGAUCGCAUGCUCUCGUCUGAGGCAGAAAAAUUAUUUGUCCUAUUUUUUUAAUCUCUCUAGAGUUUAUUAAAUAUUUGGGCUGCUGAGCCGUGUAAGCGCCCAGUUUUAUGCGCAAUGAUAGGGUAGGCCUGAAAGCAAGGCUUCGUUACUGCCGACAUGUAGAGAUGCACUUCAGUAUAUAUGAACGUCUUUACGAAAUUUCAAGGAAACCCAUUUGUAGAAGGACUCAGUAG